AAUGGCGUCGGUCACACUCUUCUACUUAUAUUCCCAAAAAAAAUAAAAUAAAAUCAGUCAAGAGGCCAGCCUUGCUCCGUACACAUACCAGUUCAUCUCUCAUCCCAUCUACUCUUCCCCCCUCCUCACCACACCAAAACGGGCAAAGCCCUCGGUUCCAGUCCAACUCCAUUUAUAUAUAGCACAGCUGUCACAAACUUUGCCUCGAAACUAUCUCAUUCAUGUGCAUAACUGUCACGAUUCCCUCUGGAUUCACCACCUUCUCAUUCACAUGAACUCUUCUUCUUCUUCAAUAUUAACUAUUACCAGUACAAUCUUCCCUUUGAUUUCUCAGAUUUGACAGCGUAGCACCACCAGAUCUGUUUUUUCUGUCAAGGUUCGGCAUCGCCGGAACAUGGACGGCGUUGGUGAUGGAACGAUCAAGUUGGGGACUCUCACCACCAGACCCGAUCGCCGUUUCAAUUUGGACCCGCCCGAAGCCUCUGUUUCGUCUCCUGUCACUCGUCAGAAAGCCGCCGCCGCUAAACAGUUCAUCGAGAAUCACUACAAGAACUACCUCCAAGGGUUACAGGAUCGUAAAGAAAGGCGGCGAGAAAUGCAGAGGAAAGCGCAAGAAGCGAAGGUUUCGAGUGAAGAAGAAGAGGAGAUGAUGAGGGAAUUGGAACGCAAAGAGACGGAGUUGAUGAGAUUGCAGAGGCACAAAAUGGGAAUCGAUGACUUUGAGCAAUUGAUUGCGAUUGGUAAAGGUGCGUUUGCUGAGGUUUGGCUAUGCCGUGCCAAAAGUACAGGAGAGAUUUUUGCAAUGAAGAAAUUGAAGAAAUCAGAUAUGCUUAGCCGUGGACAGGUUGAGCAUGUUCGAUCAGAGAGGAAUUUGCUAGCGGAGGUUGAUAGCCGGUGCAUCGUGAAACUCUUCUAUUCUUUCCAAGAUUCUGAUUUUUUAUACCUUAUCAUGGAGUACCUACCUGGUGGUGAUAUUAUGACCUUACUGAUGAGAGAGGAUGUUCUUUCUGAAGAUGUUGCACGAUUUUAUAUAGCAGAAAGUGUUCUAGCUAUUCAUUCAAUUCACCACCACAACUAUGUGCAUAGGGACAUAAAACCAGAUAACCUGAUACUGGACAAAAAUGGCCAUUUAAAGCUCUCAGAUUUUGGCUUGUGUAAGCCCCUAGAUAAUAAAUAUUCGACAAUAUUGUUGGAAGAUGAAGAUUUUUCAACCCAGGAUUCAACACAUGACAAUGAAGGGCAUUCUAGCUGUGAGAGGCCUCCUUGGUUAAUGCCAAAGGAACAAUUACAACAGUGGAAACGCAAUCGCCGUGCAUUGGCAUAUUCUACUGUUGGAACUCUCGAUUAUAUGGCACCUGAAGUUCUGCGUAAAAAGGGAUAUGGAAUGGAGUGUGACUGGUGGUCAUUGGGGGCAAUCAUGUAUGAGAUGCUCAUAGGCUAUCCACCCUUCUGUUCGGAAGAUCAAAGGAUGACAUGUAAGAAGAUAAUUAAUUGGAAAGCAUGCUUGAAAUUUCCUGAGGAGCCAAAAAUAUCAGAUGAGGCUAAGGAUCUAAUCUGUCAUUUGUUAUGCAAUGUUGAAACAAGGUUGGGAACCAAUGGCGUGGAAGAAAUAAAGGCACAUCCAUGGUUUAAAUGCAUUCAAUGGGACAUGCUAUAUGAAAUGGAAGCAGCCUACAAACCUACUGUCAGUGGAGACUUGGACACUCAGAAUUUUGAGAAGUUUCCUGAAGUAGGAGAUCCACCUUCCAUCAUACCUAGAGUGGGACCAUGGCGAAAGAUGUUGACAUCAAAAGAUUCUAAUUUCAUAGGGUAUACUUUCAAGAAAUCUGACAUCCCACAAUCAGUUAAAACUUCAGUUUCUGUGCAGGUACAGACAUGAGAUCAAAUGGGUCUUCAAAGAUGCCAUCUUUAACGACCUUGUUUGGCCAGAUACGCCUGGAAGAAAAUGUCUUGAUGGAGGGUGAUGAAAAGGAGGGAACUUGAUCAUCAACAUUCAGUUGGCUUUAUACCAGAGCUAGCAUUCUAAAUUCUUCACAGGUGUGAUCUGAAAUGUAGUAGCUAUUAUAGAAGACUGAACUUGGUACAGAUUGCUGUCGAAAACAUGGAUAAAAAAAGGUCAACUUUCGAGUUGAUAUGAUUUUGAGCACAUUUUUUUGUUCUUCCCACCUCACCUCAAUUCUGUGGUGUAUAAGUGCCAAUGUACAGCCAAAAGUAUGUUCAGUUCAUUCCAAGUAUGGUCUCUUUCUCUCAUUUGUUGGCAAGAUAUGUCCAAAUAUCAAAUUUCUUGUUCAAAUGUCUGAUGUUGGCGAAAGUAUUCGUUCAUAGUUGAUAUUUAGUUUUGAUGCAAAUGAAUUUUGUUGGGAUAGGAUUUUUAUAGUUUUAUUUACAUUUACCAUUUCGGUUGGUAGGUACGUAAGAUCAUGGCUUUUGCCAUUAUGAUCUUUAUGGCUGUACCUUGUCUGAAUUACAAUGACUAGAGGCAGACUCUUUUAGUGAUUUUUUCAUUUUUUAAUUAAAA